AUGGCUUCUAACACUCGACAAGAUCGGGCGCUGAUGCGCCAACGUGGUGCAGGAUCGCGCACAGUCGCAAUUGCUGAUUUUGGUAUCAAUUUUGGGUUGGGGGACAGUCGACAGGAGCGUCACCAGAUGCGACAGAGGGGUGCCGGGUCCCGGAAGAUUUACAAUGUCGACUUUGGAAUAUCUUUUCCGACCCCGUCACAGCGUUCAAGCACAAAGACACCGCAGUCACGAAGGUCUACUUCUCGCCAGCCAUCAAAUACACCAUCCAGACGAGGCCGAGAGUCGACGUCAGCAAGGUCGACCAGACAAAUAUCGAGCAAGCGGAACUCGACUCAACUUAUAAUGCCUCCGCCUGAGCCGGAACCCAAGUCAGAUGUUGCGCAUACAAGAACAAGAACUCGCUCUACCAAAAGAAGGAAAACAUCUCCGGCUAUUGAUACGCCAACCCCUCAACUUUUCAUGGAAAUUCCUCGGUCAAGGCCCACAAGCCUGGCUUCGCUGAGAAAUUCUAGUCGGACAUUUACAAUCGCUGAAGACGACGAUGCCGGGGUUUCUCAUGCCAUUAUUCAGGCAGGAGAACAACAUCAGACAUCUCCCUUAUUCGUCCCACAGGAGGCGCGCGAAAAGGAAAAUGCGACGCCGGAUGAUGGAGGAUCGAAGGGCACCGUGGGUUCCGAUUUACAGACCACAAAGAGCGGGCGAAUUCUGUUUGCACCUUUCUUUGAUGAAAUUAUCACCGAAUCCGCUUCGGAAGCCCCCGGACUAGAUGACGAAGGGACGGAUCAGGCGCUGAGGAAAGACGACACGUUACAAGAUUCAGUUCGGCCUGGUUCUUCGAAACAGCAAAAGCGGAGGAGACGAAGGCCCCUCACCCUUGAGCGCAGAAGACGCCGUUCGUCUACUCCGAGUCAGCCUGUCAACCCGUCAAAAGAGGAUUCGCCGCCAGGUGUUUCUUCUCAAACCACGUCUGAGCAUAUGCCAUCAGCUGCAAUCAUGUCUUUGGCAGACCGAAUCGCGAAGUAUAGCAAACUUACGAGACCAAGGAAGCGAGCAGAGACUCCUCCCUCCGAUCCAGAACAAGCUCCUGACCAAGAAGGAGAGGAGGAAGAUGACUCCUACGUGGAACAGAGCUCCCCGGAAGUAGAGACGCCUGCUGCAGGUAUGAAGGACAAGAGAAAGACUCGCCGACGGAUCUCUCGAGAUGGACCAGCCGAAGUUUCCGAGGGCAAAAGAGGCAGAUCUACCUUCCCCAUCCUCACACACCGACUGACCAGUGUCCCGACAUUACCAACAAUCCACGAAGAUGGCGAAGCCCCAUUUGGGGAUGCACUUGCUGAUGUUACGAAUGAUCGUGCUCCGCCCAACGUCGUGGACGUGCUAGCCCAGAUCUGUCGCGAAACAAUUUCGAACACGAUUGACCGUAUAGCUGAAACUACACAGCCCGGCAAACGAACCGCAUUGAACAACAAACGGGGGGCUCUCGAAGCAUUCGGAAAAGAUCUCGAUGACGAACUAUUCGCCAUGUCCGAAGCUGUGGAGAACCGCAUCAACCUGGAAGCCCGAGUUCGGAAGACUAAACGGGAGAAAGCAGCUCUACAAGCUGAAUAUAUUGAGUUAAGGACGGAGCGGGAGCAAGUUGCGUUGAAAUGUGACGCACUUAGACGACGGCACUGGGACUGUGAAGAGGCGACGAGACAGAAAUGGACGCUCAGCGAGGCGGCUCGACGCGUCGAGCAGGAGUUGGACAGAAAUAUGGAAACAGGGUGUGAUCGCUUUGAGUUCCUGAUACGAAGUGUAACGACGGCGAUUAGCAGUGCAUCCGGACAUGGUGGAAUUUUGGAUAGAGUCAAGUCGUUCAAUGCCCAGUUGGAAAACAUGGCUUCGGCCCUUGAGGAGAGCAAUGUCUGA